AUGACGUCACAGCCUCGUAGCAAUGUCCCCUUCUACACGCUGGAGGAGCACUGGGUAUCUCCCGCCCUGCUCGACGCCUAUCACAACGACCCAACCUCAAAGAUCGACGGCAUCUCGCCCCCCCUCGGACAACUAACAGAAAUUGCCCCCGUCCGGCUCGCCGCCAUGGACGCCGGCAACGUCGCGGUGCAGGUGGUCUCGCACGCCACGGCCGGCGCCGGCACCAUGCACAUGGACGCCGAGGUGCGCGCAGCCAACGACCAGCUCGCCACCCGCGUCGCCGCCCACCCGGACCGCCUGCGCGGCUUUUGCCUUCUCGCCAUGGCGCACCCGGCCGAAGCCGCCGCCGAGCCCCGCCGCUGCGUGCUUUCGUCGGCGCCCUUGUCGACUGUCACGUCGUCGUCGACACCGCCACCGGGAGGAAAGGCCGCCGUGUUCUACGACAGCCCCGCGUACGACGUGCUUUGGGCCGCCGCCGUCGAGCUGGACGUGCCCAUUUACCUGCACCCAGCCUUCCCGCCUGAGGCUGCCAUCCUGGCCGCCGGGGAGGGCCUUUACGCGCCCGCGGCGUCUCCUUCCAGUGGCGACGGCCCUAGCACCUUGUCGUACUCGAACGCUGUCGCCAUUGCCCUCGGCAGCUCCGCGUGGGGGUGGCAUUCGAACGCGGGAUUGGGCUUCCUUAAACUUUUCGCGGCGGGCAUUUUCGACCGAUUCCCAACCUUGCAAACCGUGCUGGGCCAUAUGGGCGAGAUGGUUCCGUACUUCCUGGAGCGCGCCGAGCGCAGGUUGGCACCGCACCGGCCCGCGGGGUCGGCGACGCUGCGGGAGGCGUACUCACGCAACGUCCACGUCACGGUCGGGGGCUACUUCAGCCUCAACGCGCUGCGUAUGCUGCUCGCUGUAACGGACGCGAGCAGGGUUAUGCACAGUAACGAUUAACCGUUCAACAGUUCUGCAGACGGGAGGGUGUUUAUGGAGAGCUUGAGGGAGAGUGGUAUGGUUAGUGAGGAGGUGUACAUGGAUAUCGCCUAUCACAACGCGAAGAGGCUUUUGAAGAUUUGAAAUGCUUUCUGUGUCCCAACACAUCAAAGAUAAGGCGACUAC